UAAUGCGCCAUGCAGUACCGGGUAAUGACCACUAGAUGUCACUGCAGUAUCAUUAAUGCGGCUCUGCUCAGGUCGCUAACGGGCCGCUUUCACGUUGAGGAUUUUCAGGAGCCGGACGUUUGGCUUCAGCUGGAAGCAACUGGUGUUUUUGUGGAUUCAGUCCGGGAUUGUGCAACGAAAACAAAACACACAAACAUGACACUGCUUCGUCGCUGUACGUCUUAUCCGGGUUGUGGCGCAUUGAUAUAAACCCUUAAUCCGCGGGGAAUAAGUGAAGGAGCUGCAGGACGUUGUGUCAGAGUGGCCAUAUGGAGUAGAUUUUGCAAUGCAUGCUUGUGACCACCGAUAUCCUGCAUAAAUGCAUUUCUUCACCAUUGCAUAUCUUCAACAUUCAUCCUUCCCUAGUGCAUGCCUCCAACCCUGGCCUGACCAGGCCUUUUUUUCUCUCUGUCUCUUCUUCCUCCAUAAAAAUAAUAUCACAUCACUAUGGGCAAGGAUGAAGUUGACAGUAACCACCAAUAUCUCUUCUCCAAAAAAGCAAUCCUGCAAUCAAGGAGUUCUUCACUUUCGAAAAAGGAGUCCAAGAAAGUCUCGUCUUGCCACAACAGACUUCAAACCCCAUCCCAACCUGUUCUUGGUCCUGGACAUCAGAAGGAAAAGGCCCUGGAGCUGCCCUGGACCGGGUUGGAGCACCAGCACCUUGACCACACUAACCUCAAGCAGGCUGGUGAACUGCGCCAAAGGCUGGCCGAUGAGAUCGCUGGCACUGUAAGACCAGACAGGACAGCGAAAGCAGGCAAGAAGUGGACAGGAAUUGAUUCAGGGUGUAAAGGCAAUGGGGCAACCUACCGUAAACUGGAGGAGCUGCUGAGGGCUCUCCAUGGGGAAGCAGACAAAGAGCAGGCCGGGCUUCUGCAGUGCCUCUGGGAGGAAGUGGAGCUGGAGAAGAGCUACUUCCUGUGCCACUUGCUAGAAGUACAUGGGCAUCCUUCACUAGCAGUAGAAGAGAAAGAGGACAAAGUUACAAAAGGUCCAGCUAAGGCCCUUAGCUGGAGGUCAAAGAUCUCUAGGAGCAAGGAUAUCCCAGAGUCCUUCAAGGAGAGAAAGCAUUUCGUCAGCCAUUACUACACAGAUUCUCGGAAGUGUCCACCUAUGAAAAAGAGCAAACAGGGGUUGGAAAGCUCAUUUGAAAAGGAGAAUACUGGGAAAAGCCCUCUCAGUUCUUCUCUAGUGGAAGAAAAUACCAACAAGGGAGAUCUUUAUCAGACUUUACCUGAUGUGGGUUGGGAACUCCAGAGUUCUGGACCAUCUCUGGAAAAGUUGUCUCCCUCCAGAUGUUCAGAAGACAACAUGGAAGACACGAACGGCGCAGAUUAUGACUAUCUAGUGCAGCAGAACUCGGAGCUGCUGAGAGCGCUGGAGGAUCUGGAGAAGACCGUCUCCACGCUCCGAGAGGAGAACAGCCUCCUGCGUAAGAGCAGUUGUCCUGAGACGGAGGACAAGGUGAAGAGGCUGAGGAGGAAGAAUGCAGAGUUGGCCGUCAUCGCUAAGCGUCUGGAGGAGAGGGCGCACAAACUGCAGGAGGCCAAUCUUAAAGUGGUGAAUGCCCCCAUCCCCAUAAAGCCAGGUGCGAUAGAGCAAUAUAAGAGAGCGUUUGCAAGGCAGCGGGCGCGAGACCUGGCGCAGCAUGCAGACACACUCCUCUCCAAAGACAAGGAGAUCGCUGCACUGCAGCAAGAGUGCCGACAGCUAGAGGCCAGAAUAGGACAGGACAAACAGGGUGGUCCUGGUCCGGCAGGAGCAGGGGAGUUUGAGCGGUUGCUGAAGGAGUCUCAGAAAGAGGUGCUGCGUCUGCAGAGGCAGCUCUCAGUCAGCUCGGCUCGGGACCAGAGCUCAGCUGGAGGAGCCGAGAAAGAGCGAGAACAAAAAGAGGCACCCGUUGUACGUGAAACCCCACAGCCUGCAGUUGAUGAAGUCCUUGUUAAGGGGGAGGAAACCCAUGGAGAAGAGGAACAGUCUAGAGCACAAGUAACCUCAGAGCAGGACACCAGCUCCGCCCACCAGGAAGAACAGUCACAAAAGGACCGUAUAGAGUUUCUGGAAAGUGAGUUGAGCAAGAAGAGAAAAGAAUGUGAGGGUCUCGAGCAUGAAGUAAGGAAGAGGCAGAAGAGAUGUCUCGAUUUGGAGAGCCAGCUUGAGGAUGAGCGCGGCAAAAAUGAGCGCUUAACAGAGGAGGCCGAACUCCUCAGGAGGAAGGCUCAGCUGCUUGAGCAGUCUCAGGUUGAGAAUGAGGAGCUGAAGGAGGAGCUCUCUGCAGUGAGCGCUCGGUAUAGUUCAGUUCUCGAGGAGAACCAGAGACUCCGUGCCAAGCUGGAGAACCUAGAGCAGGUCCUAAAGCAUAUGCGAGAGGUCGCAGAGCGCAGGCAGCAGCUGGAACUGGAACAUGAGCAGGCACUGGCUAUCCUCAAGUUCAAACAGGAUGAAAUCAAACGACUUCAGCGGGCUCAGUUAUUUGCUAAGAGGGAACAUGAAGGAGUUGUGCAGAUGCUGGAGGGGUUGAUCCAGUUUGUAUUGCUGAGAGAGCUGGCGAAGGUACGGGAGCUGGAGCAGAAGUGCCGUAAUCAGAGCGAGCAGUUCAGCCUUCUCUCUCAGGAGCUGGACAAAUUCCGGCAGCAGGCCUCUAAGAUUGACCUGUCGGCUCCUGGACUGCUGUGCUCCGGCCUCACACAACUUCCCAACGGCCUCAGUCUGCCCACAGACCCCGGCACUAGUGCCUCAUGGGAUGACAUCGCCUUCUGGAGUCUGGAGGGUAACGAGGCCCUCUGUGACGUCUCUGAGCAGGAUUUGUCUGCUGUGCUUCGGGCCGGCUCGGCACCAUACACGGGAGGUCUGUCCCAGCCUGAGCGCUCGCCGGGCACCAAACACCGCGAGCUGCCCAGCCUGAACCCGAAAUCAACCUCCACUUCUUCCAGCACUUCUCCACCCAAAUCUGAAAACACACACCUGUCGCCAAAAUCAGCCGCAAACUCGCGCAAAGCCAGCCCCACUCACGAGGUGGACACUGCCAGUGAAGUUGAGGAGCUGGACAUCGACGUGUCCCCUGUUCCCUUCCCAGCCAGUCGAGGAGCUGCUAAACUCCAGGUUUUUAUUGCCCGUUACAGCUACAACCCAUAUGAUGGCCCAAAUGAUAAUCCAGAGGUGGAGCUGCCUCUCACGGCAGGGGAAUACAUCUAUGUAUACGGAGACAUGGACGAUGAUGGCUUCUAUGAAGGUGAAUUGAUGGACGGCCGUCGAGGCCUGGUCCCAUCCAACUUUGUGGAACGUGUCUCAGAUGAUGAGGCACAUGAAGCCGCUGACUUUUCCCACAACUCCUUCCUGGAAAGCAGUUUUCACAGCACCUCAGAGAGACCACAUCAGCACCAGCACCAUGUGCGCUUAGGCCAAAGCAACACAGACAAGACAGAGACCUCGGCUACCAGUGACAUAAGCAAAGCCGGCACUGUGCCACUCGUGAAUGGCUUGGAAUUGGAUCUGGACUUGGAGGAUGACAUAGAGGCUCACAUUGUGCCUCAUCCUCACAAGUUGACUCUCAUCAAACAGCUAGCUAAGAGCAUAGUGUUAGGCUGGGAGGCACCCCCGGGAGGAGUCACAGUGCGGAGCUACAACGUCUACGUGGACCAGGAACUGCGUCUCAGUGUGCCCACGGGAAACCCGACCAAGGCCGUGUUAGAGCGAAUGGAUACGAGCCAUAAGGCUCACCGUGUGGCUGUGCAGAGUGUGACGGAGCGUGGUACCUCAGACCCAUUGCGCUGCUGCAUGCUGGUAGGGAAGGACGUGAGCGCAGCACCCACUGAGCUGCGGGUAGAACGCAUCAUGGCCACUUCAGCCCGUCUUACUUGGCUGCCUAGCAACAGCAGUUACGCACAUGCAGUCUCUUUGAAUGGUGAGCUGCGCGAGUUGGUGCAGGCCGGCAGGUACUCACUGCGCCUUGGUGACCUUAUGCCUGGUCUGCACUACCGUGUGGAGGUGGAGGCACAGCUGCCAUCGGAGCGGAGGGAGCGCAAGUGUGCUGUCACCUCCUUCACCACACUUACUGCAGGUCCUCCUGAUGCUCCUCUGGAUGUGCAGCUAGAACAGGGGCCAACCCCAGGGAUCGCUCAAAUCAGCUGGCUCCCUGUGACUAUUGAUGCUGCUGGGACUUCCAACGGGGUCCGUGUCACAGGCUACACCAUCUAUGCUGACAAGAAGAAGGUGUUGGAGGUGUCCUCGCCCACAGCGGGCAGUGCUCUGAUUGGUCCUUCUCAGAUUGAAAUGCUUCAAGCGGCCCGCGAGCUCACUGUGCGCACCAUGUCUCCUCAUGGUGAGUCAGCCGACUCGACGCCCGUGAAUGUGCCUGCCAAGCUACCUGCCAUCAUGGCGGGUGCCUCCAUGCCUCCCUGCCAGCCUGUGCCAGCCCACGCCAGUGUCCUAACCGCCGGUGCCACCAACAAGGAGCCCAGUGGCCGUGCCACCUCUCUGUCUGCUGCCAAAACGUCCACGAUGCCACUCAGCUCUAUACUAGAUGCAAAUCCUCCUUCUCCCAUCAGGGAUGUCUAUGCCAACACACCCAAAGCUGCCACCAAUGAUGCCCCUCUGCCCACUGCCUCAUAUGUAGAGGCAUGGGCAAAUCCAGCUGUGGCUGCGCAGGAGGCACGACCACUUCCUGGUGCCAAUGCCAACCUGCAGGAAACACUAUCUGUACCAAAAGUUGUGCCCACUCCUGUGCCGGUCCCAGUGGCCAUGCCCACAGCCAGUGCCCUGGCAUCUCCAGCACAGCCCAGCAUAGCCCUUACAACAGCGCUGGAGCCUAGCAGAGAGACCGAGAGCCCAGGGCCACAACGUUCCAUUACUUCUGUCUCUGAUUUCCUGGAUGACCCCAUGCCACAUAAGUCAUCACCCAUGCCCAGUAUGCCCAGAGUCAGGGUCCCUGGGACAGAUCUGCUUGACGUGCCCGAUACACAUCCCCUGCGGCCACCGAUCCCCUCACCUGUAGAGUCAGAGCCGGAGGGUGACGGGGAGAGCACUCGUUUGGUAUCCAUCGAAGAGUUCCUGCGGCCUGAACCUGUGCCAAGAACAAAGGUAUAUGCAGGAGGUCUGAUGGACCCUCCUCCUGACUAUCAUGUGGAGAGCAGCCGUUCAGACCUAUCCGAUAUCCUGGAGGAGGAGGAAGAAGAUCUGUACUCCGAGUCUGCCGCUGAUGUAACUCCCAAGAAUUACAACUCUGGACCUGCAGGCAGGCCAGAGGGGUGGGAGGCUGACAGUGACGAGGAAGUCUUGGAGAAGAUCCUGAAACUCCAUCCCCAGGUGUUUGCUAAUAAACAGCUGUUUAGUAUCCCUGAGGUGACUGAGGAAGAGGACAAUAGUGAAUCAGAGUCCCACUCCAGGCAGUCUCCGACCAAAGGGCGCUUUCUAUGCCAGCCUGCAUCUGGAAAAUGUCAGCCAUGUGGUGACAAAGCCACAAUAGCAAGGAGCAGAGGGACCACGCAGGUCCGGCCUCGACCUGGCACGAAUUACAUCGACACUGUGGAAACCACCAACUACGAGGAUGAUGAAGAGGUGGACCUCGAUUCAGAAAGCAGCCUGUAUGUGGGUCCCUGCAGCAGGGAGGUGACACCACGACGCUCGCAUCGGGUACACCAAGAACGGGACAGACUCCGCAGAGAAGCCCUACUUCGCAGCCACAUGACCUCCCACCUUACCACCUCAGGGGUGACAGCACAAGGGCCGUACAUGCUCAGCAGGACAGUUCGACACGUCAAGACACCUGCCGUGGAGAUAGAUGUGGAGUACGGGACAGAUAACGAUGACGAGGCAUCUCAAUUCGACCCUGGAGAGGUUGUGGUGGAGCAGAUGAGCUCAGAGUGGUGGGUGGAGGGUGGAAACCAUGAUUACCACCACUCCUCGUCUCCACGACAGACCAAACAGGAUACUCUUAACGUCAUGGCAUCUGGUCACCACCAAUGGGAGACUGCAGGUCUAGCGGACUCAGGAACAGCCUGGUGUGGCCCCAGAGACAUCUCUCCAAAAUUAAAUCGAUCAGAGACCAGAUUGCCUAGAGAUGUUGCAGAGCCAAGGCCAAUUGGUGACAGUGAAGUACGGAUUUUCGUUGCCCUCUUCCCAUACGAUCCUUCAACAAUGUCACCCAAUCGCGAUGCAGCAGAGGAGGAGCUUCCCUUCAGGGAGGGACAGAUCAUUAAGGUCUACGGUGAUAAGGACGCAGAUGGGUUUUACCGAGGCGAGUCAGGUGGCCGUCAUGGUUAUGUGCCCUGUAACAUGGUCUCUGAGAUUCAGGUGGAUGACGAUGAGACCAGAGAUCAGCUGCUACAGCAGGGCUUCCUGUCCACUGAGACUUCUAUAGAGAAGAUGGGCGCACGCUCACUCGCUCAGCUUCCGCACCGUCCGGCUCCACCACCCAAACCUAGACGCUCCAAGAAAGUGGAAUCUACGGGAGUUUUGGAGGACAGUUCCAACACUGAGUCCUCCAACCAAGAUAAGGCACGACACUCAGCCAUUGCCAUGGGAAACCCUGUACCUCGCAGGAUGGUGGCCAUCUUUGAUUACGACCCAAGAGAAAGCUCCCCUAAUGCUGACAUUGAGGCUGAACUGACUUUUAAUGCUGGGGACAUCAUUUAUGUGUUUGGAGACAUGGAUGACGAUGGCUUCUUUUAUGGGGAUUUAAAUGGACAGAAAGGGCUGGUACCUUCCAACUUCCUUCAGGGUUUUCCAGAGAAUGGAGAUGAGUCAGCAGAAGCCGAACAUACUAUAGCCAACAGCCGGAGAGACUCACAGGUGAGCCAUGCUGCGUCUGUAGAACAGACGGAGCCCCUAACGUCAAGUCCCCCAGACAAAACCCGGACUGAACCCAAUUCUCAACCUGAUUCACACCAGAACCUCCUUCCAGACCAGCAGCCUGAACACCACCCGGGUCCAUCUCCAUUCUCAGGCCAUUCUCCUCCCGUCCUCCAUCCUCCAGAGGACCAUGCUGUCACUGAGACCUCUCCACCUGGCAAAAAGAAAAAAGGCUUCUUCUCUAAAGGGAAGAAGCUCUUCAAGAAGCUGGGCUCCAGCAAGAAGGAAUAAAAGCUAAAGACUGUUACAUUGACUAAUUCGCUGAUUGCACUUUCUCCAUGUUGAUGUUAAUUCGUCUGCAUGUAUAUGUGAUUUCAUGGAUAGAUUUAGGGUAUGACACAGAUGUCACUCUCUGUGACCGAUUGGUGCUUGCCUUUUUUUUAUUUUCUCUUUUUUUUGUCUUCAUUUGCUACCAAGAUAAAGGUGUGUUCUUCUUGCUUUGCUUCAAACAGUGUUGCUUCUGACUUGUAAAAAACAUUCACAUCUUCAUCAAACUAGUAAAAACACAGAAUAUUCUGAAAGCUAUGUCUUAACAGUGGGUGACGUCAAAUUAUAAACAAACACUGAACCAACAAAUGCUUUUACAGUUAAAGCAGCUGUAAUAUAAUGCCAGGAUUUAACUUUACAGCCUUGAUUUACUAAGAUUCAAAAUAACAUGCACUAAUUUACAUGUGCAGUAAAUACAUGUGUGCAAAUGCUCAGUGAUUUACACAGAAUAAUUGUGUGAAUUACAUCAUGUGCAAAGUAGGUGGAGUUUUGUGUGCACUACAUGUUUCUAGUAUCCACAGAGAGUUUAAUUAUAAUGGCAGCUAAAUAACAGUGAGAUGGUUAAAAAAAAAUUCAAAACAGGCUUCCACAAAUUUAACACAUGCCCUUCAAGUGUAUUAAUUUGCGCACACAAACGGUGUCCCUGAAGUGACUUUCAGGUUUACUAAAUCACAUUGCAGGUACAAAACGAAUUGAUUUGCAAUGACUUCUCCUUGUAUUUUGCACCUGUAGGUAGAAAUGGCUCAAAUUACACAACCAUUAAUCCAAAUACAUGAAACGGAUGAGAUGUGCUAUUUUACACAUGUUUAAAUGGCAACCCUUAGUACUUAGAUAGGUAUAUAUGUCUCACACAUUCCCUGUCAUUUUCUGAUAUUGACCAAAUGAUAAAUAGUUAUCUGAAGACAUUAAAAGGUUAUAUGUGUCAUCGGCCGAGUCCGAAGAGAUAAAGAGCGGAGCAGAGCUGUCAGAGCAGACAUCAUAAUUACUGUGAUUCCAGUGAAGACACUUUAAGACUACAGGUAGUGACUUAAAAUGAUCUUUUUUGGUCCCUGAGUUGAAUCGUCAUUUCGUCAUGGUGAAAACAUCAGAUCAGAUUAGAUCAGGUGGAUGUGGUUUUUGUGCUUUCAGCCUUUAAGGUUGUCUCAUUGCUGUUCAUGUAUUAUACGGCAAUAAGGUUAACAUUUUGUAUCUUUCUGGCAAAAGAAUCACAUCACAGUGGGAACGAGUAGAAUUUGCUCAGCUGCUGUGUGUACUAAAUACGUACGUUCCUUCAGUGUAUAAGGACAAGCUUCUGGAGGUUUCCUCUGGUCUGACUUUGCCUUGCUCAUGGGACUCAAGUAGCACCAAAAGGAGUUUGUGUGUGUAAAACAGGGAAUUUCAUCAUUUCUGCAUGUGUGUACUGAAAAUUAGUAUAAAAACACAUCCACAAUAUACAGAGUGACUCCUGUCCAAUAUGCAGUAAUCAUUUAUGUGUAAAGCAUAGUAUGUUGUUCAUCUGUUUCAGUUUGUGUUUCCUGUGUCAUGUAGGUUUAAAGCCUGGGUUUAAAUGUACGAUUUUGGUCAGAUUUUGCUGUCACAGGCUCCAAUAGCACGUGUACAAGAAUUCUUCUUCAUGAGUUGAAAAUGGUGGUCUUUAAAUGCAUAAUGUGACCAAUUUAGCACCAUUGCAACCAAAGACAGCAACUGAGUGUCAGAAAUUUUUUUAUUAAAAGCUCAAAAUGUGACCUGUGCUACAGUGUUCAUCUAAACAGCAUAGGAUUACAUGAAACUCCCAGACAGCUACAAAUACGGCAAGUCGAAAUAUAAACAAAAAUGCUGACUUCCUCACAUUAAGUAAUAUAAAGUUACACGCCUAGGCCCUCAUACAGUGAGUUGCAAAGCUUGCAAAAAAAAAAAAACAUCUAGGCCCUCGUGCAGUGAGUUGCAAAAAAAUCCUUAUUACCUCAAGCUCACUUUGAAGAAUGUGGUAUUCUUUUACUCGUAACAUUGCUACUAUUACAACCAGGGCUUGUUUCUGUUUAUGCAACGAUUUUCUGCACGAGCCUAGAUUGUGCUCAUUAAUGACCUAAAAAGUACAUAGUAGUUUUCAGUAAUCAGAGGUCUAUCAUUAGAGGAUCUUCACUGUAUAAUCUGACAUAGAGAACAUGUUAUUACAAAGUCUGUUAUAGAUUUCACUGAAGAUUUCAUUUGGAUCAUUUCAUACAUAUUAAAAUUAUGCUGAAAUCUCGCAGUGUAAAACUGGCUUAACUGGCAGUGUAUCAGCUACUAGAACAUGUUAGAUGUUUCAAACCAGAACAGCACACACUCUUGCCAAACCUUUUGGUGCUGUUUGUGUUACUAUGACAGUAGAGAGCUGAUGAGAGAGCAGGGUCCAAGCACUAGAUACUCUGUAGACCAGAAGUCCAGGUCUAGGUCUCUGCUCAAGUUCAUUUUGGUUCUGUGCCGAACCAAAAAGAUAUAUUUUAAUUACAUGUUGACUGUAUUAAUCUUAAAUAUUUAAAAACAGCAGCCCUGAUGGAGGCACUGCACUGUACAGUCAAACUAUUUCUUUCUCUGUAGCCUGUAGGUAUUUCUGGUUUUUAGGAAAGCAAUGAUCCCUAAGCUGUGCUAUAAUCCUAAAACAUGCUUUUCAACCAGAUAUAUAGUUCUGUACUCUCUGCUAAUCUGCACCCACAGCUAGACCACAGUAACUUACUAGCCUUACGAGACCUUGUUUAGUCUUACUUCGAUGUUUACUUUUACUGUACUUCUACUGACUGCAUGCAUGAAGGUGUCGCACCCAGACACGGCCUUAUUUAUCGAUAUUUAAGUAUUUAUAAUAUCACCUUGUAUUUCUUUACUUCUACAAUAUAUUUGUAGGACUUUUUUUUUCACUGGAUGCAGUGGAGGCCAAGCUGGAAGAUAUCAGCUGAUACUUUGGUCUGUGUAUGAUGUACAGUGUUCAGGUCAACGGUUUGCACUUUGUGAUAUUGAUGUAUGGUAUUUUCAACAGUACGAGAAGCUUUAUUCUCGUGUCAGUCCCUCAGAAUUUCUGCAAGUGUCACACGGAGAACAGGAACCUGUUUUGUAAAUCUGAGGUUUUGUAAUCAAUUUUUGAAACUUGUAAAUAGGUCUUUUUUUCACAUUUUUCUUUUCUUUUUUUUUUUUGCAUGUUGAGGCAAGUUUUUGAGUGAUGAUUAGUAAGAUCAUUAUUGCUCAUGGAAGGGGCCAUUGCCAUUUAGUCUGACCUUUUUACAGAAAUAAAAUCUAUUUUUACAUAAAAAUCUUAA